UUUAUGCACACGAGCAAAACAGUCCAAAAUCUGGAACUGAGUGAACAAGAAGACUGUGAUUGACUUGCAAUUAUUGUGUUAAAAAUUCACUAGGGCGGAACACUGUAUUUGUUGUAGCAACGGGGCGAGGGGUAAGAACUCUUUUUAAAUCGAACGGAUAAACAGAACUGCAUGAUAUUCGCUAGGUGCCAAAGUCGCUUUGUGCUAAAUGUUAUUUUGCCAGAAGAGGGUGUGUCUUUGUCUCGGCAGGUAAAAACAAGGUGUAAAGCCACUCUUGCCUGUAUACGCCCGAGGGAGCUGAAGUGCCGAGGCAGUGCACUGAAUCUUCUUGCAUCGAGUGAGCAGACCUCGCACGUGAGCUACAACCUUCCAUCGCCGCGGUCCACCUUCUGGGAAGAACCUGAGCAGCAUAUUUGCCGAAGAUGACUCUGCGCACCAGUUUUAUGUCAGCUUCGCUGUUUAACAAGUUGUCUUUCAUCUUUGCCAUCAUCGCCAUGUUUUGCGCUUGGAUUUCCUUCUGCUUGCCGACAUGGGGCUACAACAACGACUCCCGGUCAUCAGGGGUCAUGGGUUACGGACUGUGGAGAGAAUGCGGCAAAGGGGCUUUGUCGUCGGGCUGCUCAGACAUCAGUGGAACGAAUCUGGACUGGUAUGGGGUGGUGCAAGCAAUGGCCAGCCUGGGCUUCAUCGGCGUGAAUCUGGCCCUGGUGCUGGUCGUCCUGCAGAUCUUUGUGGACAAGUGCAAGGGCGCGCGGGAGAUCGCCUUUUGGAACUUCGUGCAGUGUGUUAUCACAGCUGUCUGCUACCUGAUAGCAGUCAUCAUCUUCGGCAGCAAGUACAGAAGUGCACUAAGAUCAAACAUCUCGGACAGACCGGAGUUCGGCUAUGCGUUUGGACUCGCCGUCGUCGCCUUGGCAAUCAACGGCAUCGCCGUGGCUGUUCUUCAGUUCAUGGAGGGAAGGAGUGCAGCAAAGAGCUAAACACGAAUAUGGAAGAACCGCUGGGAAAAGUGUUUACAAAAGAGCAUUUCUGGAAUAUGGAGCAUUCAACAUAAGAAUACAAAGCAUGAACAGUUAGUAAGCGAUAAUAGUAAAGACAGGGUACUUGAGAGCAUGACAGACUUCUAUACAGUAAUAGAUAUAACAACCUUAGAACAGGCGGAUACAGGAGCGAGCGACACACACACACACACACGUGCACACAGACUUAUUAAAUAAAGGUAAACUAAAUAAAAAAAUUUAAUUAGUUAA